AUCUUCCUGUUGGACAUUUUCGGUUGGCCUGGAUGGAUUCAGUCUUGGGGUCACUUCCCCAGCACUGAACCUGGUCAGAACCCCUGACCUGUACACAAGAUCACACACACGACACAUAUUCAUGUACGCAUGUGCACACACAUAUAACACACAUGCCUUUUUACAUAUACUACAUAAACACAUCCAUGCAUGCUCACAUAAUGUACGUAACAUGCACACAUAUAACACAUGUAUACAUACACAUAACACACAUACCUGCACACACAUGCACACACCCACACAAAAACUCCCUGGGACCCAGCAGUGCUGACCCCGUGGAAUAGCCGUAAGAGGCUUUCCUGGGGCCUGCGUGAGGCGUGUGUGAGUCGGCUGUGAGCUGCCUUCCGUGCCCUUGACGGCUGCCCUGUAGAUUAAUUAGCUCUGAUCCGGCCAUGCUGCCCGCCGCCCCGGGCCACCGGAGACCGCCAAUCCCCUAUUUGGAUUAGUGGAGAUUUGGGUUUAAAUUCACAAAUCUCGACAGAUCGCCUUUGCGGGAUCUUCGCUCCGCUCGGCUCCGGCCAGCCCUGUCCCCGCCUUCCCCUCAGACGCCUCCUCACUCGACCCGCUGUCCGCCAGAGGUUUCCGUUGCAGCCUGGCUUCAGUUACACAAACCAAGUGGGGUUUUUGUUUGGGGGAACCUCCUGCCCGUGCUUUGCUCUGGGGUCGCUCCUGCUGCUCAGGCGACCGACUGUGUGGUGCGGGGGAUCGAACCCAUGCCUCCCGCAUGCCAGGCCUGUGCUCAGCCUAUCAGGCUGUUUCCCCGGCCCAGUAUACCAGGGUGAAUUCUUUCAUUGAAAAUCAAAUCAAGGAGCCAGAGUGACUGUUCAGCGGGUAGGGCAUUUGCCUUGCAUGUGGCCAACCCGGGUUCGAUUCCCAGCACCUGAGCCAGUCCAGGAGUGAUUCCUGAGUGUAGGAGCCUGGAGUAAAUCCUGAGCACCGCUAGGUCUUCCCUCCCCACCAAAAACUCCUUUCCAAAACAAAAGCAAAAUAAAACUCAGAAAAUCAAGUGCAGAUCUGGCCUAGGGAGAUGGCUCAAAGGAUUGGGGUGCAUGCGUUCCUGUGGGAGCCCCAGAUUCAACCCCUGGCACCUUGCAGGCCUCCAGCACUAUCAGGACCAGCCCCUAAGCACUGCUGGGUGUGGCCAAAAAAAAAAAAUUGGAUCUGAGUCACUUGGUUCCCUGGAAGUGCCUGCACUUGGCUCCUGGGUGCCAGCACGAAACUGAUCCCUCAGGGGCCACUGGCUUCAGGCUCCUGCUGCCGGCUGGCCGAGUCCCCCUGGCCCGAGGAGCGGCUGGAAAGCCUGGGUCCCACCAUGAGCGCCGAGCUCAGCGUCCCCGCGGACCCGGCCACUCCCGCCUGCUCGGAGCCGGGUCACAAAGGCAUGGAUUACCGGGAGUGGGUGCGCCGUAGCUACCUGGAGCUGGUCACGUCCAACCACCACUCGGUGCAGGCCCUGUCCUGGCGGAAGCUCUAUCUCAGCCGCGCCAAGCUCAAGGCCUCCAGCCGCACCUCUGCACUACUCUCGGGCUUCGCCAUGGUGGCCAUGGUGGAGGUGCAGCUGGAGACGCAAUACCAGUACCCGCGGCCGCUGCUCAUCGCCUUCAGCGCCUGCACCACGGUGCUGGUGGCCGUGCACCUCUUCGCCCUGCUCAUCAGCACCUGCAUCCUGCCCAACGUGGAGGCCGUGAGCAACAUCCACAACCUCAACUCCAUCAGCGAGUCGCCCCACGAGCGCAUGCACCCCUACAUCGAGCUGGCCUGGGGCUUCUCCACCGUGCUGGGCAUCCUGCUCUUCCUGGCCGAGGUGGUGCUGCUCUGCUGGAUCAAGUUCCUGCCCGUGGACUCGCGCCACCAGCCUGGCACCGCGCCCGGGCCCAGCGGCCACACGGGCUGGCAGGCCGCCCUGGUGUCCACCAUCAUCAUGGUGCCCGUGGGCCUCAUCUUCGUGGUCUUCACCAUCCACUUCUACCGCUCGCUCGUGCGCCACAAGACCGAGCGGCACAACCGCGAGAUCGAGGAGCUGCACAAGCUCAAGGUGCAGCUGGACGGCCACGAGCGCAGCCUGCAGGUGGUGUGACGCGGAUGCGGCGCCCGGGCCCCCCGCAGGGUCCACACGCGCCGGCCGCGCCCUGCGGCCCGUGUCCCUGCGGUGAGCAGAAACUCGACGUUGUCACUCUGAGCUGUGGGCCCGGCCCUGGGGCGUCCCCGGGCUGAGGCAGGGCCCCAGCACUGUCCAGGACCCCUGAACUGGGCUGCACGCGGGGGGCGUCUGAGGAGGUGCCACCCCGCGGUGACACGCUGACACUUCUGUCCGGUGCUGCCGUCACUGCCCUGGGUUUGUGGGGAAGGGGCCUGGGGCUGAGUGUGGGGGGGGGACCCCUGCCCGGGGCGAGGGUUGGGGACAGGCCUUCAGCUUCUGGGGUGAUGCCCUGUCCCCACAGGAGUCUGUUCCCUAAGGGGUGCUCUGGGCCCAAAUCCAAAUCCACCCCCCCGCUGCCCACCUGCAGCUCCAGCCUCUGGCCCUUCUGCACAGUGGCUACUCCUGGCCAUCACCCCGGGGGGACCCUGGGGGUCCUGACUUCCUGUAUGGGGAGACCCAAGGGCUGCUCUGCUUUUCUUGACCUUGGGUCACUGGACUCGCCCCAGGGCAGGUCUGCUCACAGCUUCCGGAUGGGGGGAGGUGCCCGUGGGGCUUUAGGAACGGGGAGGGGGUCUCUGGCAGCUGGCUCAGCUUUGGGUUGUGUUUGAGCCAGCCAGGCGGGAGGGCACUGCCCCGUUCUGUGCCUGUGAGGUUGGGGCAGGGCUGUGGGGGCCCCUCCGGCUGGUGGGUGAGGGCAGAGACAGCCCGCGGGCCUGCUCAGGUGGGACAGGCAGGUCUGUGCCAGCAACUGACCACAGGCCUGGGGGCAGUGGCGGGGAAACGGGUGGGGUCAGGAGCCGCAGAGCCAAGCUGGGCAGAUUGCAGGGGCCAAGGCAGCUUCCGCCCUGGGCCACCCCCCAGCUCCCAGAGACUCCCAGGGGCAGGGCAGGGGUGCCCUACUUUCCUCCAGGCAGACACAUGGCCUGGAAGUGGGGCGCACUCAUGUGGAGGGACGCUGCUGGGAAGGGCUGGGGUGGGAGGAGCACUGCAUUGGGAGCCUCUGGGCAUUCCCGGGGUGGACCGAAUAAACAGUUGAACAAGGAACGCUUGCCUGGGCCUUUCGGCUGUCCCCGUGCCCCAGGGACAGUCCCUUCCAUGCCUUGUGCCACCGCCUCAGGCACCCAGGGCGGGGGUCCCGGUCAUGCAGGCAGGGUGCUGGGAGCCCCGUGGGCAGAUGCUCAGGCUGGCCUCCAUGUAGUGUGGCCACCCCCUCAGCCCGUGUGGGCUGCAGACUAAGGUGUGGCAUCUGCAGAGGAACCGCCC